AAUGUCCAAGUCUUUUCCAGUGCAUUUAUACAUCUUUCGUAGUUGUCGCGCAGGGCGGGCGGGCAUCGGCGAGGGCGGCGCGCGCGCUCCAGUCCACUUCCGCUCGCCGGCCGCGAUAACUACUGCCCACUGCCCAACUAAACUAUUUCCAAACUUACCUCGUUACCGACUUCAGUGUUAUCAAAUUCUAAAAUUAGAACAGCAAAACAACAGUUAUCAAUUCUACAAAUAAAUACCAAAUAGUUCCAAGGUUUUAGGGACAUUGUGUAAACAUUUCGUUGGAAAUUCUCCUUUCAUGAGAUAGUGAGUUUGAGUUAUGGCUGAUAAGCUACAUGAAUAUCAAGGGGUAACAGGCCGGCUGCACGGGGUUAGGGAUAAGUGUAAAGAAAAGUGGUCGCAAUGGAAAGAGGAACAUCCAAAAGGAGUGAAGGAGACUUUUAAGGAUUCUCUGUUUGGGAUCCCUCAUUCUGAAGGUCCAGGGAGGGUCUGGCAGGAAAGCGUGUAUAGCGACAUAUUCAGAAGGAAAAGUCGGAUCGAGCUGAUGAGGAUAUCAGCAGCCGUGAUGGGCAUCGAGUUCUCAUACGCCGGCGAGACCGCGUUCGUGUCCCCGACCCUCCUCCAGAUCGGGGUGCCCCACCAACAGAUGACGCUAGUGUGGGCCUUGUCCCCACUCGUGGGCUUCUUCAUGACGCCGCUGCUGGGCUCCAUCAGUGACCGGUGUCGCUCGCAGUUUGGGAGGAGAAGGCCGUUUAUUGUUAUGAUGUCUAUUGGUGUUUUAUUAGGGUUAUUAUUAGUGCCAAACGGCGAAGCCUUAGGAUACGCGUUUGGCGAUGACAGGCCAGCCAACCGCACGGAAGCACCCUCGGUUCUCGGUCCACGGAGUUCCAUUCUAGACUCCACCGACACCAACUAUCAUCCGUGGGGAGUGCUGUUUACGGUGCUUGGAACGGUAUUUUUGGAUUUUGACGCUGAUGCCUGCCAAAGCCCCGCUAGGGCUUACUUGCUAGAUGUCACGGUGCCAGAGGAUCAUGCAAAGGGACUUAGCACAUUUACGAUAAUGGCCGGCUUAGGCGGCUUCAUGGGCUACGCCCUCGGCGGCAUUAACUGGGAUGAAACGCGAUUAGGGGAGUUAUUUGGAGGCCACGUCAGAGCAGUGUUUUCGCUGAUCACCGUGAUCUUCGUGGUGUGUGUAACUGCCACCGUCACCAGCUUCAAGGAGAUUCCUCUCGGAGAGCUUCAGGAGCAGGAGGAGUUCAGGAAGCUGGCGGAGACGGAGAGGGUGCAGGAGAGCUUUGAUGCUGGAGAUGAGCCUGUGAAAAGCUUGAAGCGAGACAACACGACGUAUGGCUCGUUGAAUCAACCGGCUGAGGGAGAUGACCAGAACGGUACAAGCACCAACGUACCCGAAAGCAGUCAGGGCGAGCACUUGUCCCUGCGGCACUACCUCCGCUCCAUCGUGGUGAUGCCGUCCUCACUCCGCGUGGUGUGCCUCACCAACUUGUUCUGCUGGAUGGCGCAUGUCUGCUACUCACUGUACUUCACUGACUUCGUGGGUGAGGCGGUGUUCGGUGGGAACCCUGCCGCGCCAGUCGGCUCAGAAAGCCGUGAGCAGUACGAGGCCGGAGUGCGCUUCGGAUGCUGGGGCAUGGCUAUGUACUCGCUGUCAUGCGCCUGCUAUUCGACCAUUAUCGAGAAACUCAUCAAAAGACUAGGGGCUAAGAAAGUGUACGUUGGUGGACUGUGCACGUACAGCUGCGGGAUGUUCAUGCUGUGCGCGAUCAGAGCACGCGCAGCCGUCAUACUGUUCAGCUGGACGGCGGGCGUCAUGUACUCCACGCUUUUUACCAUGCCCUACCUACUGGUGGCGCAUUACCACGCCACGGGCACGUGGGACAGCGCCGGCGGCGGCAGUGGCGAUGCUCGCGGGCUAGGCACGGACGUGGCAGUGGUGAGCAGCUGUGUGUUCGUGGCCCAACUGCUAGUGUCGGUACUGAUGGGCUUGGCUGUAAGCGCCUCCGGUUCCACCGCUGCCGUGGUAGCCGUCGCCGCCGCGUUAGCCGCCGCCGCCGCCUUCACUGCAACCAAGAUCACUUACUUAGACCUAUAAGAUUAAGAUUAUUAGCUGUUGCCCGCGACUCCGUACGCGUGGAGUUGUAUGUUGGUGGUUAUGUCGCAGGCAAAUUGUAAGAAUCCGCCGUUUACAAACGGCGUCGUCAAUUUACAAACGUUGUUGUUUGUUAGUGCGCUCAAUAGUGUCAACGUAAACGUGAUGGUUGUCGGAGAGUGACCAUGGUUUGCUGUUUUAUAAAUUCACAUUAACUUUUAUACCACACCACCACCCUCACGCGCGUUUUAACUGUGGUCCCACUGCUUUGACCCACAAUGGAUCAACGGGUAUUUUUUUUACCUAUUGUCCCACCGUUCUAAACAGUUCGCCAGUGGGUCUACGGGUAAUUUCUUUUACCAUGGUUCCACCGCCGCACUGUUUCUUUUCUAAAAACAUUUCGUUCACAACUUAACUAGACAGAGCCCCGCUUCGCGGGGCUUCUAUUUCUGGGCGGUUUGCCCUUCGGGCAUCUGAAGCUACCUAACGAACCUAACCUACCUACCUACCACCUACGCUUUU